AUGCGGACUGCAGUGACGUCUUUGAUUCACUCGUAUUGUCUACAACUCACCACUCGAUUGGUCCCAAAGACACUGCUGUCCACACCUGUGACCCCCUGUCAGGUGCUGGCUAUACAUUUAAUUGAUUCCUCGCGGGAAUCGUGUGAUGAGUGGUUGGCAGAGGAGUUGAGACCAGAAUCCGUGUCCACCCAUCCAUUGGUGACGGCAUUUCCCACACGAAUGUUGUCUCUUCGCAUCGUUUCGUGUCGAUCGCUAAAACAGCCCUGA